GAAUUGAUUAAACGGAGGAUCAAAUUGGUUUGUUUUCAGCAGAGUUUAGGCCCAACUAAACAUCGACAAAUCGCUAACCCAACGGAAACAAAAGAACCCCCCCCACAGGCCACCUCUCUCGGAACUGAACAGACGACGAAGAAUACUCCUGCGGCCCUACAUGCAUUCAUUCCACUGUGAUUUCCGAAGCUCCUUGAACAAAUCAAAUCACCAGUGGUUCUUUUCCAAUUGGCAAAAUUCGCCGCGUAGCCAGAUGUACACACAUCUCCAAACCCUAAAAUGCGGACACCACUGACGGAGAUCGCAUCACCAACCUCUAACCCUACCCACCAUCAUAAUCAUCAUCACCUGCUGCUAUGGCGAAACAUCCGGCGGGAUGGGGGGUGGCCCUCCUUCACAACAAGCGCUGGCUCUUGCCCCUCCUCGUCGCCCUCUCCGUCUCCACCGCCCUCGCCUUCAUUCUUAGGGCCGCGUUCGACUCUUCCUGCGAUCGGCACCACUUCGAGGUCCCGAAGACGCGGUUUCACCCGGCGACCAGAACCGCAGCUGGAGCGGCGGCUCCGAGUCCGCUCGGUUUCAUGAAGUCUAAGCACGUUCUACUCGUUUCUCACGAGCUCUCGCUUUCUGGUGGGCCAUUGUUGCUGAUGGAGUUAGCAUUUCUAUUAAGAGGUGUUGGUGCUGAAGUUUGUUGGAUUACAAACCAGAAACCUUCAGAAAGAGAUGAGGUGGUACACAGUUUGGAACAUAAGAUGUUGGGCAGAGGAGUACAGGUCCUUUCUGCAAAAGGUCAAGAAGCUGUAGAUAGAGCUCUAAAAGCAGAUUUGGUUGUUUUGAACACUGCCGUUGCUGGGAAGUGGCUGGAUGCUGUUCUCAAGGAAAAUGUUCCCCGAGUUAUCCCGAAGGUGUUGUGGUGGAUUCAUGAAAUGCGAGGUCAUUAUUUCAAAAUGGAGUACCUUAAGCACCUCCCUAUGGUUGCUGGUGCUAUGAUCGAUUCACAUGUAACAGCAGAAUACUGGAAGAACAGGACUCAAGAGCGGUUGAAGAUUAAAAUGCCUCAGACUUAUGUUGUUCACCUCGGCAAUAGCAAGGAACUAAUGGAUGUUGCUGAAGAUAAUGUAGCAAAAAGGGUUUUGCGCGAGCACGUUCGGGAGUCUCUUGGAGUAACUAAUGAAGAUAUAGUGUUUGCUCUCAUAAACAGUGUUUCACGUGGAAAAGGCCAAGAUUUAUUUCUCCGUGCAUUUUAUGAGAGUCUGCAAUUGAUCCAAGAACAGAAAUUACAGGUGCCAUCACUGCAUGCAGUUAUUGUAGGAAGUGACAUCACUGCACAGACCAAGUUUGAGUCAGAACUUCGAGACUUCGUGGCACAGAAGAAAAUCCAGAAUCGUGUCCAUUUUGUAAAUAAAACUUUGACAGUAGCCCCUUAUUUAGCUGCUAUUGAUGUCCUUGUUCAGAAUUCCCAGGCUCGGGGAGAGUGCUUUGGGAGGAUAACCAUUGAAGCCAUGGCAUUUCAGCUACCUGUUCUGGGAACAUCAGCGGGAGGCACUACAGAGAUUGUAGUGAACGGAUCCACAGGUUUGCUGCAUCCAAUUGGGAAAGAAGGCGUUACUCCUCUUGCAAAAAACAUUGUCAAACUCGCCACUCAUGUGGAGAGAAGGCUUACAAUGGGAAAGAGGGGUUAUGAGAGGGUGAAGUCGAUGUUCCUAGAACGCCACAUGGCACAUAGAAUUGAUGCUGUUCUUAAGGAAGUUCUGCGAAAGGCAAAGAACCAACAUUCUUAGACACCUCCCGACCCUUUCACUAACAAGCAGAGACUUUCUAUUACCAGCCAGCCAUGCAUUGUUUCUCUCAGCAGAAUAUUACUAUGUGAUAUAUGGUUGGCCAGUUAUUAUGAAAAGAAAGCUCGGCUGGUAGAGCUUGAAGUUAUGCCUAUACCACCAAAACCACUGACUUUUUCAACUCUUUUGGAAGAGCUGGACAUGUAAAUAGGAAAACAAUAUCCUAGUUGCUAGUGUAUAAGCUUUGAUGUUAUCAACGAGUUAUUAGAAGCUUCUUUUUGUGUAUUUGUGGUAAGGUGGUGCGGGUUUUUAUAGCAGAGUAAGGAGUAGAUGAAAGACUAUAUUAUUUAGGUGGUAUCAUAGAGUUCGAAAUUGUGACGCCAUGAUAUGUAGGCAUGGAGCGAGUUUUGGGACCUUUUUUUAUAAAGAGAAUGUGUAUACUGGAAAAUGAUUAAUGUUGGGAACAACUUCUAGCAGUUUGUUCUACCAGAGUUAAUUUGAAUCUUUACUUUGUAGAA